AUGCUUUCUUUGUACCUCUAUUCUUUCUCCUCACUUGUUUUUCUGUUGUUGUUUGUCCUCUCUGAUGUUCAUGCAGCCACAGUAUUCUCAUCCUCUUUGAAGACAUGUCAGAGUCAAUGUGAGGAACGAAAUUUGGCAUAUCCACUUGAUUCGGGCGAAGUACACUGGACGGGUUUAGCAGAGUUUAAUUAUUCAAGUAGGAUUUCAUCGUGUAGACAUGGUUGUGAAGACGUGGACGAGAGAGAAUCCAAAUGCAACGUCAAAUGUUCGGAGGAAGGAAUCGUAACGAAUUCUUGUAAACAGGGAUGUCGAGCAGUGCUUGUUUCUUUUCUUGCUCAAGCACAAGCACUUCUCAUCCAAACACGUGUCAAUAUGGAAGUUCUCGAAACAGCAAUGAAACUGAAAUGGGAAUUCUCUGAAACACUUGCAGAAGAAUUAAAAGAGAUCGCCAAUGCUGACAUAUUUUGGUUCUCGCAAACAAGGCCUCUCAACGGAGUACUUGGAUGGAGAUGGACGUCUCUUCCUCAGAAUUCAUUCAGAAAUUCAUCUUUAGUUUCGGAAGUUCAUGUUCCGUUCGAGCAUGGAGAACAUGUUGAAGUACGAUUAGCUCUUUCAUAUAGAAAUCAAGUAUUGGUAUCUCGAACCACGACUUAUCACUUGCCACUAUCAAAAGCUGGAACCACUUUGGAAGUCAUCGGACAAUUACAACUUUCAGAUGAUAGAGUUGCCGUUUGUUAUAGAACCAAUCAACCAACGCCUAAAUUCAAACUUACUGUCAUGACAAUGGAUGACAGUACGAUAAAUACUGAAGAAUCAAUAUCUAGAUGUCACUUAUUCUCAAAUCUUCCGAGAGAUAAUUGUUGCAAAGCUUCGAUUUCUGCAAUUGAUGAACAUGGUGCAACUACGGCAUUCGUGGAAAUCAAAUUGGAUUUCUUUGUGAAUCAAGUUGAAAUCGAACUGGUCUCUGCUGCUUCCUCUCGUUUGAUAUUUUCUAAUGGUACCCAUUUACUUGAAAAUGAAGAACUCGACCAAUAUGCUCUCGGAGAUUCUGCUACAGUAAUCCCAUUUCCUCUGCCGACAGAUGACAUCAUAACAGCAAUCGCUGGAAUCUCCGAUACCACAAUCGCCAUUGGAAGCUCAAAAGGAUCUCUUUGGACAUUUCAAAUGUCUGCAAAUCAAACUGAUGAAGAUCAACCAUCAUCUGUAAUUCAAUUGAAAACUGUUGGAGAAAUGGAUACAAAAAUAACUCAAAUAGAAAUUGAUCAUAUUCAAAGAACACUUUAUGCAGUUCAACAUGAUAAAGGCAUUAUCAGAUGUAAGUUGCGAACGCUGGAAUCAGAAGAAAGUCCCACUUGUGUGUUGAUUGUGAACAACGAUGCAUUGAAUCCUCCGAAACAGAUUACAUUGGAUCCUGUGAAUGGUCAUGUAUACUCUUUGAACGUCGACAGUAAAGUGUACAGAACCGAAAUGAUUGCCUUCAAUGCGAGUGGAAUAGAAACUGUUGCUAGUUUGCAGUUUUUGAAAGACAUGUCACCAUCAAAUGGAAUUUUCUUCGAUGUUUCCAAGUUUUUGUUGUAUUCGGCUCUACAAAAUGGAACUAUGAUGACAUUGAAUCCGGUCACCGAUCAAGUUCAUAUCUUCAAAGAGUCCGGAUACUCUGAUAUUCAACAUUUUCGAAUUAAAAGUGAUUUGAUCUACUGGAUGAAAAAGAAAUGUGGAGAAACGGACGCCGAUGAGAACUGUAUUUUCACAGAAAACCUUCAGCGGUCGGAAGAGGACAUACCCAACAAAUUCACUUAUUCGAGCGCUUUGAGGUCAUAUAGUUUUUUGGAAGAGAUUUUAUUGAAACCAAGGAUCACUGCUGUCAGUUCCAUUGCGCUACUGACAUCAGACAAAGUGGGGAGAGUUUCAUGGGAUGAAGUUGCUACUCUUCCUUUUCAAGCACAAGGAACUUCCUGGAGGAAUUUAACUUAUUUUCUGAAGAUUACAGCACCAGAGAUUACUGAUUUCGAGCCAGUCGAGAUCUACACAUUGAAUACAGAUGUAAAAAUAGAGGUCAAGCCGGGAAACCAAUAUAACGCUCAGGUCCAAGUGUGUAGUGACGACUUUUGCUCCACACCCAGUUCCACGUCGAAUACCGCACUUCCUGAUUUAGGAGGAGUCGUUGCUGAUGAAUCUGUGAAAGCUGUGGAGAAAAUGCAGCAGCCCCAUGUUCUGGAUAACACCACAAGAACCGUAUAUUUAGCUGGAGAUCAUUCGAUGGGGAUCUUCAAAAAGGAUCUGGACGAUGCAGCAGGAAUUCCGAAGCCUUUCAAAGAUGGACUCUUUGUGGAAAUGAUGUCAAUAAUGCCAUCUAGAUCCAAGAUUUUGAUUGCUUCUUCUUACAAAAUCACUUCUUACAGACUUCCAACAACUUUUGAUUUUGAAUACUAUUCCUGCGAGGAACCAUUAGAAGAUUGUGCAGAAGUAAUGGGUAUAUCAAGUGAUGAUACAACGGGAAUGGUUCAUUUUUUGACGCAGUCGAGGAAUGGUACUGUUAUAUUAUGGGAAUCGGAUACAGAGAAUAUGACACCAAGAGAUAUUGCAACUGCGCCUUCAAUCGUUCCGUUCCGUCGCUUUCUGAUAAUUCAUGACAAAAUGAUUCUUGUUACAAAAAACAACCACAUUGUACAAACAGACAAAUCUCUGAGGGUCGUCAACGUCGCAUCUGAACUUGAACGAGUCGAUCGAAUUCUUCCAUUACGAUAUGCUGCGAUUUCUCAUAAAAUUGAAUUCACUGAUGAAAUAAAAUUUAUGGAAGGAAGUAAAACAGAUCUUCAGUGGACCCUGUCACCUCCAUUAGAAGCUGGAACUGUCAUCUUCAAGGUUUCAAUUUUUCGAGAGAAAAUGGGAGGUCCAGAUCCGCCAAUAAUCACAAUCCAAAGUGAUACCAAUUUCACAAUACCAGCAGAAGUUCUCGAAGCUUGGAGUUCAGCACAAAGAUUUGAUGUAUCUGUACAAGCAAUAACUCCAUGGGCAACUGCAAUUUUGAAUAGAACUGGAUUAACUGCCCCAGUCAAACCACCGACUUCUCCAACACAACUUCGAAUAUUUGCAACUCAACAAAAGACUGUCGAUGGGCCGAGAGCAUUGAUUUCUUUCUUCUGGGGACCACCAACAGAAUGGAAUGGAACACCUUAUCAAUACAUUGUGAAUUGUACAAAAGACGAUGGAAGUUGGAUUGGUGGACCCGUGACAACUUCACAAUCUCAUUAUUCGUUUGCUGUCAAAUCUGGAAAAGUUUCAUGUCAAGCAGCGGCAGCAAACGAACCAACUAAUAUCGGAAGUUUCUCAGAAGUAAUAACUAUUGAUAGUUCUGAAUUGAAACCACUGGUAAAACUGUUUGCAAUUGAUUCCACAAACUCGUUGAUCUCAUUUAAUGAUCUCGCUCAUGAAGAGCCAAGAAGAGAAACAAGACAAGUUGCACUACCACUCAAGCUGGAAUACCAAGCAAUGGCAUUCAUUGGAGAAGAUUUAUACGCUGUGAGAAAAGAAGGAGAGUCAGCUCAACCAGUUCUAGUUCAAAUUGAUACAAAUCAUAUUGAUAACACUGUUCAUAAAGUAUCUAUCGGCGGCGACGUCUCUCGAAUUGACGCUAUGACUUCUGAUUGGGUUGGAAACAGGUUGAUUUUUGUGGCUGGAACCAACUUGUACCAAUUAUCUUUGGAACCAUUUCUGUCCACUUCUCUACUGAAUCCUCACAAACUUAUCACUUUGACAUCCGCUACAGAUGCGAAACAAUUGGCAUAUGAUCCAUUCAUGAAUACCGCCUAUCUUCUCACUAAAAACGGAUCACUAUUUGCUCUUGACAUGAACAAGAACACAGAAGCCAACCUUGCACUGACAGUGCCUUGUUUGGCGAGUCAAACUGUCACUUGGAUGAUGACUGAGUUUGCUUGGAACCGCGCAUCUUCUCCAAAAAUCUAUGCAUUGACAUGGAAUGGACUUAUUUUUGUGGAUUUGGGUGAAGAUUUCCAGUGUAAUGAAGUCAGAAUCGACUGGACAAAGUUUGGAGAUAAAGGACUCAAAUCAAUAUCUUCAUUUGCAAUUGCUGACAAACUAUUCGCUUUCGUCACUUCAUCUGAAAUGUUGAUAUAUGGAAGGGAUACAGUAACCCCUAUCACUAUAGCCAACCCACCUCUGAAACAAAUUCUGGCAGUAAGCCAAAGUAGUCAACCAUAUCCAGAAAGAUCUUGUUUUGAGCUUCCUUCUUCCAAAGGAAUCGUAUUUUCAAUAGUGAAUGAAGGGAAGACUGGAGCUCUACUAGAAGUGACAAAGAGUUCUUCAUCUUCUGCUUGUCAAGAAGUCAGUAUGCCACAAACUCAAUACGAGAUUUAUUUCACUCGAAAGAAUACUGACAAAGUGAAACAUGUUCGAAGUUUCUCUGAUAGGAUACAUGUGGAAAAUGGGAUUCUCGACAAAGAAACUGACUACGAUGUAACUGUCACGUGGCUGAAUAGAUACUCUCCGGCAAGUGGAGUCUCUGCCUCAAAGUCAUUCCGAACUGGUUUCGGAUACCCAUCCGCUCCACGAGACCCACAUGCAAUUCCAGUCACUCCAGACACCGUAUAUCUUUAUUGGAGCUUACCAGAAACACUGAAUGCUCCCAUCUCUGAGAUUAAGUACAAGAUUUCACAACAGGCAGCCGGGAUUUCUGUCCCAACUUCAAUAGCAGUAAUUCCUCUUUCUGAAACUGUGUCAUCGAAUAUCUCCUCGGAUACAACAUCUUGUCUUAUUAAUCCAUGUCGAGUGAAAAUUGCAAAUCUCCGACCAUCGAAUGAAUACAAAUUCUGGGUCACAGCCACUCAUAUCUCUCAUUUGGAUGCUGCAACAAUCCUGAAGGAUGAUGAUGCAGUGUCACCAGAAGCCGUCGCCAGAACUCUCGAUGUUCCAGGUACUUUGAGACCUGAUAAUGUAACUGGGUCAUCUUUGCUUCUUCGAUGGAAUGGGUUAGAACCGGAACAUCGACCGAGUUCAAUUUCUGUUCAGUAUCGAGAAUCAGGAGGGGCCAGCAACGAUUGGCAAACUCCUACGAACACAUCGUUCGAACCAGAUGUUUCCACUGAAUUGGUACCUAUCACAAACCUAUUAUCUGCCACAACUUAUGAUUAUCGUUUUGUGGCAACAUACACAGGAACAUAUACAAUUGAUGGGAAGGUAUUGGCAUUCAAAGAGGAUUAUCUACAAUUGACACAACAAGCAAGAACAAAAGCAGGAGUACCGACAGCUCCACAAUCUGUUGAGGCUAAAAUAGAUGAAGAAGGAUGGAUUGUUACGUGGAAAGAACCGAUGAGUGAUGGAGGAUCACCGAUAACAAGUUAUGCAGUGGAGACAAGAAUCAAUAAAACUGCUGAAUGGGAAAUAGCUGAAAGAGGACUAGAUGGAUGGAAGACAUGGUGGAGACCUGGCAAAUCGGAGACAUCUUCUUCGAUGUCUUCUUCUACAGAAGUCUCAGAAUUCAGAAUUAGAGCUGCUAACAUUGAAGGGUUCGGAGCAUAUGCUUAUACAGAAGAGAAAAAAGAAGAAAAAGAGGAAGAGACGAGUGCAAUAUUACCAUAUCUUCUAGGAAUUUCUAUCAUUUUGUUGUUGGCUGCAAUGAUUUUAGUUGGAUGUUUUUGGUUGAGAUCUCGACGUCGUCAACAACUAAAAAAACGAGAAGCUGAAGACGAUAGAAACUGUAUUCGACUCGAUGUAGUCGCUAAUAUGAACUUCUCAAAUUCUCGGCAAACUCUUUCUCCAGAGUACGAAAGUGAAAUGAGAAAUCUUCCCACUGUCAGCUACAAUGAUGUUAAAAUAUUGGAAUUAUUGAGUGACUGUUCCUAUGGUACUGUACACGUGGGAAUUGCAGAAGAAGUUCCAUUGAGUUGGGAGAAGAAUGUAAAAGUAGCUGUGAAAAAGUUGGAUCCAAAAAAUCCGGAUGAUGACUUUGCGGAGAGAAUGAUGUUCAUGAAAGAAGCUAUUUUAUUGAACAAUCUUGAUCAUCCAAAUAUAGUUAAGGAGUUCGGUGUCUGUGUGACUCCUGGAAAAGAACUGAUUCUUUUGGAGUUUAUGGAAGGAGGAAAUCUUUUGCAAUUCCUCAGAGAUUCUGCCCCGAACGAAGAUCAUUCCUCUGAAUUAUCGCCCAAAGAUCUUCUCGCAAUAUCCGUUGAUAUUGCCCGCGGAAUGAACUAUCUUGAGAGACUCCCUCAUGUUCACAAAAAUCUAUCAGCCAAGAAAUGUCUGCUUUCCGGUCAUCCGGGCGUCACCAAACUCGAGAUGGGGAUUCCAAAAGUGUUGAGUAGUGGUGGAAUUCGCCGGGAAGAUUUGGAAGGAAUGGAUAAUGUACGGUGGAUGGCCCCAGAAGUUCUAAAAGAUUUCAAUUUUUCAUCAAAAAGUGAUGUGUGGGCAUAUGGAGUACUUCUAUAUGAGGUGUUUUCAUUCGGAGAGGUUCCAUAUAAAGAAAUGGAUUCAAAACGAGUAAUGACUAAUGUUCGAAGUGGUAUGAUACUUCCAGUGCCGUCAUACUGUCCUUCAAAAAGAAUUUAUAAAGUUAUAAAGCAGUGUCUAGCAACUGAUCCAACGAAACGAGCGAAUUUUGCAACAAUUCUCAAAAUAUUCGAGACUUUGAGAGAAGAUUCCCAAUGCCAGGACGACAAACCAAUUCAAUUGAAUGAUGGAUCUGAAAAUAUCAAUUUCAAUGCAUCACAAGACAGUAAUUCCAGUCGAGAACCUCCUUCUCCAUCCCACCGAAUGCGAGAUUUCCCACCAAUUGGAGUAGAUAUGGAACCUCCAUCUCCAUCACCUCUGAACCAAAGUUUCGGUGGAUUUGAACAUCCUUACGAAGGAGAUCGUCCGGCCACAAUGUGGAAUGCAAGUGGAGCACGGAACUCCGCUAAAAACAGUAUUGGAAGGUCGAUGAAAAAAGAGAAAUUCAGAAAUCCAGUUCAUUCGAUGGAUGAUUUAGUAGCAAGAAAUCAAAGACCUUUGAGUAUUCAUUCUGAAGAUACCGAAUCGACUGAUUAUGGCGGAGCUUCAUCAUCAAUGCAUUCUCCGAGCUCUUCAAAUCGAACAAAUAGUCAUUACGAAGUACCAAUGAGUAGAUUGAGUGCAGCCCCAGCUAUUGGAAUUGUAAACGAUGCAUUCGAAAGUAGUAAUCCGUCUCUGAAUCUGAGUAGAAGUUGGACAGGUCUAUCCGGAGACGUGAAUCAAAACCCUGCCGGGGGAGCUACAGGAACUACUGGAACUCUUCCUCAUCAUGCUAACUCAAUGGGUCAUUUGAGAGUUCCAGGUGCUCAGCCACCUGGAAGAGUAAAUCGAAAUAGUUCUGGUGGAAACACAGGCGGUCCUUCAUUUCGAAAUCGUGUCAGUCAAGUCUAA